AUGAGUAGAAGAAUCAGAUCGAGAUUAAGUUCAAUAGGAAGCGCGGAAGACAAGAACAUUACCAAAGUAAGCAAUAUUAAUUCACCACACUUGCAUGUAGAAUUUGAAGUUGGUAGAGCAUUACAACUAAGGCCUGACAUUAUUGUUAGAGGUGCAGUCAUAUUGUCAAUUCCAAAAGAUUGCCCACAAUUACUUGCAUCUGCUAUCAAAAUUUUUUUUAAAGGCGAAGAAACAGCUUCGGCUAAAGUUAAAGAUAGCGGUGUAUUUAAAAAAAGGCGUUUGGAUAGUGUACGGACAACUUACUUUGAAUGUAGUUAUGUAGUUUGGUGUGCGUCGACUAAUAACAAUCUUAACAACAACAUCAUCAACGACAAUAGAGCUAACAGACAUUUACCUUUGAUGAGAAUAAAACCGGGGAUAUAUAGAUCUGAAUUUGCUUUAAAGUUACCUCCUGUUAAUUUUCCUCCAUCAAUAGAGGGUCCAAGGGGAUUUUCAAUAAGAUAUAUCUGGAAACCUGUUAUAGAAGGGGCGGAUGGAAAUAUUAUCGAGGGUCCUGAGAUAGUGACACCUUUUACUCCUAUAUCAUUUGCUCCACCCAAUCAAGAAUGGUGUUUUAGAGAAGUUUUAUACACUGAACAUAAAUCACAAAGAAAAAUUAUUAUAGAGGCUGAAGCUUUUUUACAAAAGCGUGUUUUUUCGCCCGGUGAGGAAUUAGAUCUUAAGAUUAGACUUAAAAACCAUUCAGGUGGACGUAUAACGUGUGUUCAAUGUUCUUUACGAAAACAUUUUGAGGGUCCUCUUCACGAAGAUUUUAUGUAUGAAAAACAUGAGAGAUUACUGGUAUCAGUUGUGAAUCGUUGUGAAAUUUUGUCUUCUGAAAAUAAAAAUUCAGGAGAAUUGGAUUUCUCUCUAUCAAUUCCCAAAAAAAUUUAUCAUGUACCACCAACUUUCACCGGCAGACACCUAAGAACAUAUUAUACAUUAAGAUGUGCUCUUCAAACUGAAACGGGUGUGUUACUUACUAAAAUGGAAUACCAUGAAAUAAUAAUACCAAUCACAAUGUCAUCAUAUCCUCAUGUCGACGAUAUCCAACUCCCUUUUGACAAUAUAUUCCCUUCAUACACCGAAUCAGGAUUGUGUCCAUUCUUCUUUGAUCCUAAAGAUGAUUUUCCUCAAAAUUAUCCUAUUAUUGACAGGCAUCCUGGCAGUGACAAUAUAGCGACUCCACCUUAUUCUCCAAUACCAAGUGCUUUUCCAAGUGUACGACUUAGUACUUUUUAUAGUGAUCAUGAAGAUUCCUCAACUUCUCAAUCUCCUUACUUCAAUGAAAAUGAAUCAAGUAUUAUUAAUGAUUAUUUUGUUGAUAAGAUUGGAAAGAAUUAA